AUGGCGCAUUGUUAUGCUGAGGACCCAGCCAAAGCUGCUGUCCACACGGUGCCACCCCGGACGUUGUAUGUGGAGGAGGCGCGGGGCUACCCAGUGCAGGAGGCGCCCGCCCGUGCCUUCUAUGGGGACGAGCCCCGCUUUUACCCCCCCCGCGGCACCCCCGUCAAAACCCUCUAUGCCGAGGAUGCCCGGACGUACCCGGCCCUUGGUUCCUCUGCCCGGGUCUUCUACGCCGAGGACUACGGGAAGUACCGGGAGCGGGAGGUGCUGUCGCGGACCUGCCCCCCCCCCCCCCCCCGCUACGGCGUAACCCCCCCGCGGCUGGGCCGGGAGAGCCAGCACUACUCCAAAUCCUGGGAUAACAUCCUGGCGCCGGCGGCGCGCAGGGAGGAGGUCCUGCAGCGCGGGCGCAGCUACGAGAACCUGCUCGCCCAGGAGCAGCACCGUGCCUUAUCCCCGGAGGAGCGCCGGCAGCCGGUGGUGAUCAACCUGUCGAGCUCACCCAAGCGCUAUGCUGCCCUGUCCCUCUCAGAGAGCUCCAUCCUUGAGAGGGUGCAUGCUGACGGUCUGGCCGGGCUUAUCGCUGACCUCGUCAUCGACUACAAGCCGGCGCCAGGCCACCACGCUGGGGACAGGGACAGCCUCGCCGAGCAGCUAAAGCAGCUCCUGAGCAGCAGCGCCCCGGGGCCCCCCCGGCGGGGCGGGGGCAGGAGGGUCGCCCCCGGCGUGCCCGAGGGACCCCGACCCACGAAGGAGCAGCCGGGUCCCAGCUCCCGUGCCAGCGCCCCGCGCCCCCCGCCCGCCCCGCUGUCCGUCGGCCCCUUCGAGAAGUCGCCGGAGAACUGCUCGCCCGACCUGAGCGCGGAGGAGGAUGACAUGAUGAUGUGCUCCAACGCCAAGUGCCGGCGGACGGAGACCAUGUUCAACGCCUGCCUCUACUUCAAGUCGUGCCACAGCUGCUACACCUACUACUGCUCCCGGCACUGCCGCCGCGAGGACUGGGACACGCACAAGGAGAGCUGCGUCUACGGGCGCGUGGGCAGCGUCUGCCGCCACGUUCUGCAGUUCUGCCGGGAGAACGCUGAGGUGCACAAGGCCUUCUCGCGCAUUGCCAAGGUGGGCUACCUCUCCCGCGGCCGUGGCGUCCUCUUCCUGGGCUUCCCCAACGCCGGCUCGGCCGAGAACUUCCUCCAGUUUGGGCUGGAGAGCCUGCUGAUGUCCCCCACCUACCUGUCCCUGCGGGAGCUGGAGAGCUACUCGGACAACCUCGGGGAGUAUGCCCGGGAGCUGCGGGAGACGGGCAACCAGUAUGACCCUGACGAAUGUUUCCUCCUGAAUGUAACCGUGGCUGUCACCCAAAAAGUGCCGGAGAGGCCGUCGCCAAAGACGCAGGUGCCGACGGUCAGGAAAUAUGCCAAGGUGGCCUUAGCCUCCUCCAGCCCCGAGAAGAAGAUCCUGAAGAAGGAGCGGGACAUGGAGACGUUGAUCCUGACGCCGCCGCCCGGCACAGCGGACAUUGACAAGGAGGGGGAGGAGGGCCGCAAGGCGCGGGAGGUCUGCUUCAUCAACAUCGAGCUGCGCAUCCGCGGCGUCUUCCUGCGGCACGAGUUCCCCGCCGUCUACGAGCAGCUCUGCGACUUCGUGGAGAGCAACAAGCGCUUCACCCCCACCACCAUCUACCCCAUCGACAAGAGGACGGGCAAACAGUUCAUGUGCAUGAUCAUGGCAGCCUCCGAGCCCCGCACCCUCGACUGGGUGGCCAGCCCCAACCUCCUGGACGACAUCAUGUGAACGUGGGGCGGG